UUUUUUUUUUUUUUUUUUUUUUUUACAUUAUUCUUGUAUUUCUUUUUCCCGAUAGCUUAGCAUGUUAGCUAGAAACAGAUAGGAAACAGUUUCAUGGAGAACAGGCUGUUUCUGACGUUUAAGGAGAGAAAAGUUUCUGUUGUGAUUUUGUGAAAACCUCAGACGGUCUCGACGUUGGGAAGAAGAUAACUAGCAAAGAUGGAGGAACCAGCACACGAUGUGCAUCAACUGAUAGGGAUUAAAGAGGAGGAAAAGUGGAAAUCAGACCAGGAGGACCAGAAGCCUCCACAGUUUAAAGAGGAACAGGAGGAGAAUGACAUCACUGAGUUAAUAUUCGAUCCUGUGAAAAGUGAAGAUGAGGAAGAGAAACCUGAGCUCCCAGAACUUCAUCACAGCCAAACCAAGGAAAACGGAGACCUUGUUGGACCAGAACCAGAUCAACAUUUAGAAUCAGAUGGUGAAGAUGAAACUUCUGAUUCUUGCUCGGAGUCCUCAGAGACGGACGUCAGUGAUGGAAACUGGGAAGAAAGCAGUAAAGCUCAGUCAGGUUUGGGGUCUGGAACCAAUAACACAGGUCCAGUUUGUGAGAAAGGUAAAAAGUUACAUCGCUGCUCUGAGUGCAGUAAAACGUUCAUCUGCAGACAGCAUUUGUUAGAACACAACAGGAUCCACACUGGAGAAAAACCAUUUAGUUGCUCCAUCUGUGACAAAAGCUUUAUUUCAAAAGGAAAACUAAAUAAACACAAAAUUACACACAGUAGGGAAAGGCCUUACCCCUGCUCAGUCUGCAGUCGAAGUUUCAAGUACAGGUCAAAUCUAUCUGCUCACAUGAGCUGUCACUCUGAAGAAAAACCUUAUUGCUGUUCUGUCUGUAAGGCGGCUUUCCACAGAAAAUAUAGUUUUGAGAUGCACACAAUGACCCACACUGGAGAAAAACCUUUCAGUUGCUCUGUCUGUAAGGUGGCUUUUCUGAGGAAAAACAGUUUAGUGGAGCACACAAAAACCCAUACUGGAGAAAAACCUUUCAGUUGCUCUGUAUGUAAUGUGGCUUUUGCAAGGAAAAGCAGUUUAGUGGAACAUACAAGACUCCAUACUGGAGAAAAACCUUUCAGCUGUUCUGUUUGUAAGGCGGCUUUCUACAGGAAACGCGGUUUAGUGAGCCACACAAGAAACCACACUGGAGAGAAACCUUACAGUUGCUCCAUCUGUAGCAGAGCUUUUAAUACUCAGGGAAACCUACAAAAACAUCAAAUCAUGCACACAGAGAAAAGACCUUACAUAUGUUCUGUGUGUAAUGCAGGAUUCAAAACUAAAAGACAUUUAGGAGAACACACAAAAACCCACUCAAAUGAAUCCCCUCACUGCUGCUCGCUCUGUGGCCAACGCUUCAAGUGUAAGUCCUAUCUUUCUACUCACAUGAGCCGUCAUAAAGGAGAAAAACGACACAGUUGCUCUGUCUGUAAAGCAGAGUUUCUGUUCAAAAACAGUUUAGUGUUGCACACAAGAAUCCACACUGGAGAGAAACCUUACAGCUGUUCUGUCUGUAAGGCAACAUUCAAGUGGAGACACACAUUCAGGAACCACAUGAGAACCCACACUGGAGAGAAACCUUACAGCUGCUCUGUCUGUAAGGCAACGUUCAAGUGGAGACACACGUUCAGGAACCACACAAGAAUAUGUGUAAAGGCCAGCUGAGUAAAGUUUGUCGUGACCGAGUGUUCAUUGUAACUGCUCUUAAGGUUAUAUGCUUUUAUUUUGGUAAUUUUGCCCAGGUUCCUAUUGAAAAUGAGGUUUUACCUUAAAGGAAAUUAAAGAAAGUUCUUGUUAAAGUAACCAUGGUAACGGAACACAGUUCUACCUGAAAAGGUUAAACGCAAAACAGAAAAAGGACAAAAGGAAACUAAAUUUUUUGUUUCAGUCGAUAAGGAACAAUGUCAGUAACUUUGAAUAAUUUGAGAUGUUUAAAGAAAAAUCUGUAAUUAUUGUGUUAAUGGAAAUAAUUCUGCUAAUGAGUUAUUCAUAACAAGAGACAGAGAAAUGAUUGUGAACAUUAUUUGUUCUUUUCUAGCCUUUGUGUUGGUUGAUGAAUGGCUGCAAUAAAUAACUUAACCAUCA